AUGGUGCGGGCAUGGGUAUCGCGCGUUGACAUGACGGAAUUGGAGUGGAGGCGCGCUGAGCUGGAGGCGACAGGGCGCGGCUUCGCCGCGGCGAUUCGCGAGCACCAGAGUCGGCGACGUCCGAGGGUCGCGUUCGGCGAUCGCGGCGUGCUGGAGCUGUCAGAGGGGAGCUCACCUUGCAGUGGGCCUUCCAGGAACUGUCUCUCGCCCCGCGCCGCCCGCGCGCCUGGGGACAUCGGGGCGCUCGCGGUGCAGCUGGGCAGCGCUGGGGGCCGCUGCAGGCCGUUCGCGAACGCGAUCGACGAUCGGCGGCAGCGGUGUCGGUGGAACAGCGUGGCUGGGCGAGCGCUAGAUUUCCUCGCGCGGCACAAGGGCCGCGGCCCCGCCCCAGUGGGCCUGCGAUUGAAGGAGAGGGUCGCGGGGCGCUUGCAGAAGGAGGCCGCGAUCCUGAAGGAGAGGCGCAAGGGCCGCGAGAAACCCUUGGCCGCCGGCGUCGCCCCCGCUGGUUCAGGGGCGCCAGCGCCUUGCGCGACGAGCUGCUUGAGUAGGCGCAGCAUUUGCCGGCUGCUCUUCGAGGUCGCCUGGGCCCUGGUCCGCGCUUCCACGGACUUGAUGUUCAGGUUCAGGCUCGCGCUGGUCGGGCGCGCUGGCGCUGGGCGGUCUAUUCGAUUCAGCCAGGGCGCCUUCGCGACACGGGCGCCGCCCGUCGCGGCGGGCGUCGGGCGCUCAAUCAUUGCGCGCCCCGGAGCCGACCGCAGAAAGGAGGGCGCGAAGGCGCUGUACAUGGGCAACUUCGCGGACCUUGCCGCGGGUCGCUGGCGCAUCAUGCCGAAGCGCCCCUGGCGACUGACGGGCGCGCUCGGCAACCUGCUCGACGCUGCGGGCAGGAAGACCUCGGGGCUGAAGCGGCAGCCGCUGUGGGUUGACGCCAGGAAGGAGCUGCGUUGGGCGUGGCCGCCCCUGCCCUGCAUCGUCGGAGGCAUGGGCAAGUUGUGGUCGCUUACCGCCGCGGCCGUCGACGCUUCCCCGUGGGGCCACGGCGUGAUGGAGACCAAAUUAGAGGCUGCCGUUGUCCUCGGCCACGGACGGUUGUCAGAGCGGGCCCACGUCCACGGGCCGCCGGCCGCUGCCGGCGUGCCUCGGGAUCGCGCCCUGGAGGCGGAUGUGGCGCAGCUCGAGCGGCAGCGCAUCUGCCCUCGGCUGUCCCGGCUGGCGGCAGUGAAGAUGCGGCUGCGAGGGCAGAUCGGCGACCUGGGGGUGCUCGAGGAGUCAGGCUGCGUCGCAGAAGGGUUCUUAGAGCGACUCUUUGACAUGGGCGGGGCGGCGGCGACGGCGAAUCGAUUCGGCCCUGCGCAGCUGCGGUGCGACCCGCACCUCGGCCAGAGGUCGCCGCCGCGUGGCUUUCCCCGUCGCGCAGCAUGCACUGAAGGGCAGGGCUCAGCAGAGGCCAGAGCUGUCGCGCCUGCCCUCGCCCUGGCUGGCGAUUGCGGCUGCCGCGCUAUGCCUAUUCGAAAUCGGCAAGGGCGCGGCGGCGCUGGGGGCCGCGAGCACGUUCGUGAUAUUUUUGCGCCCUCGGAGCUGCUGGGUUUGAUGGCCGACCACGUGCCGCUGCCGCCGCCGGGCGAGCCAGGCGCGGCGCGCUGGCUGACCUUCGUCACCGGUGCGCAGGAGGCGUUGACCCCGGCGAAGACGAACGCGUUCGACAUCGGGGUGCCGCUGGGCUCGGGCAGGCAGCGCUGGCUGGACCGCUGCGUGGAGGCGCUGGCGCGCCGCCGAGGCCGCGGCAGGCUGCUCCUCGAGCUCGAGCGCCGGGACGUCGCCGCGUCCUUCACGAUGGCCUUGGGCGAAGUGGGCGCCGAGGCCGUCGGCGAGCGCGACGAGGCGGUCGGCGAGUCAGAGACCGUCAACAAGGAUAAGACCAUCAAGUCCGCGGAGGCGUCGCAGCUCUCUAUGGACAUCGCAACGCUUAGCACGCAGAUCGCGGAAAACAAGAAGGGGCUGCUGGAGGCUACCGAGCUGCGCGCCGCCGAGUCUGCGGAGAACGCGAAGACUCUGAGUGAGGCCGAGGCCGGCUUGGCCGCCGUGCAGCAGGCCAUCAGCAUCCUGGAGACCUUCUACCAGGGGGCGGCUCCAGCCAGCAUGCUGCUGCAGACGGGCAGAUCCGGAGCGGCCCAGCUGCCCUCCGGCCUGAGGGAGGACGAGCUCCGGUUCAAGUCCACCAACUCGGAUCGCACGGGCAAGACCGUGGCAGACUACGCGCCGGACGUGUUCGAUGCGGACUAUCACGGGUCGCAGGAGGCAUCAAAGGGUAUCAUCGGCACCUUGCAGGUGAUCGAGGCCGACUUCCAGCGCACCAUCUCGGCCACCGAGGAAGCGGAGUCCCAGGCCGAGGGCUCGUUCACCACGUUCAAGACGGAAAAUGAGGCGGACACGGCAGCAAAGGACACCGAGAAGACCGGCAAGGCAAGCACGUUGACGGUCACGAACGAGAAUAUCUUGACGCUCGAGUCCGAGCUCAGCGAUUCUGUCAAGGCGCACGACCUGUCGCUGGCGUCCCUGGAGGCGCUGCGCGCGGACUGCAUCGAGAAGGAGGAAACCUACGAGGAGCGCGUCGCCAAGCGCAACCAGGAAAUCGAGGCCCUCAAGGAGGCCCACUCCAUCCUGGAGGACUGGGAGAGCCAGUGA